AUGAGAUCCCAGCCGCGUUCGGUGCCUUCCCCGGCGCCGGCGACCCCUGCCCGGCUGCUCGCCGCAUCCUCGGCCACCUACGAGCUCCGGACGGCCCUCCCUGCUCCGCCACUCGUCUUCUCUGAGCUGGAGCCGCCGCCACCACCACCUCCUCUGCUCCUGGCGGCGCCCUCCGUCCUGGAUCUUGAUUUGCAGCAGACUCCUCCACCGCACGCCUUCAAGGUCUCUGUGGCCCCUCCGGAGCUCCUGCUGGAAGGGGAGCUGCUGCCAAGGCCAAGGGCUGUCGGCAUAGCCCUGGUCAGCCUGCUUGGCCUUAUGGCUGCUUAUGCUGCAGGGAGUUGCAAGGAAGUCCGUACGUCUAUCUUUGUAUUCUCGCUUGUCGGAGCGGUCCUUCUCUACCUCAUCAUUCAAUGGGUUGCUCCUAUGGUGCCCAAGCCAAAAUUUAUCAGGGACUGGAUCAAGUGGAUGGAAGGAGAGCAGAUUAAGCUGAUCUUGAAGCUAAACUCCUUUAUGGAUAGUUGCAGCACAUCCAAUGGGCAGGUGACACCAUUAGAUAUUGUGAAAGAUGACUUAGGGAAGUUGCGCACAUACCUUUUAUUGCUUGGCAUCCUUGCUGCGACUAUUACAUACCAAGCUGGGUUGCAUCCCCCAGGCGGGUUUUGGCCAGACAGUCGAGAUGGGCAUCUUGCUGGAGAUCCAAUCCUAGAGGCCAUCCAUCCCAUGCGGUACAAGACAUUCUUCUACUGCAACGCCACUGCAUUUGUGGCGUCAUUGGUUAUCAUCACCCUACUCCAGAGCCAGUUGAUCACCAUAGGUGCCAUGAAACGAUAUGUGUUGCAGACAGCCAUGGUUUUUGACCUCUUCAGUAUAAUGGGGGCAUAUGCUGCUGGCAGCAGCCGGACUUUAUCCACAUCAAUGUAUGUGAUAAUCUUAGUCAUCCUUGUUUUCUCUUAUGUUGUGCUUCAUAUUGUGCUAUUUAUGGACACAAGAGUUCCCGGUGAAUCAGCUCAGCAGCAAGAUGAUAACCCUGAACUGAAAUAUUUGGAGAAGCGGCGCAAGUUUCUAAUGCUGCUUGCAAUUCUGGCAGCAUCCAGCACAUACCAAGCCGGCAUAAGCCCACCAGGGGGCUUCUGGGCUGACAAUAGAGAUGGCCACGAGGCAGGUCACCCAUUAUUCAGUGAUGAAUUUCCACACCGUUACCAGGCUUUCAUCUACUUGAAUUCCACUGCUUUCAUGGCAUCAUUGGCUGUAAUUAUGCUGCUUGUUAGUAGAAGGCUGUGUCACAAAGGAUUGCAGGGGCACACACUGCGUGCAUGUGUGCUACUAGAUCUGAUCAGUCUCAUGGGUGCUUUUGCCGCUGGAAGCUGCCGAAAAGUGUCGGUGUCGGUUUAUGUCAUCCUAGUCUUGGCUGUUGUUUUUGCCUGCAUCAUGAUCCUAGUUCUGGUACUGAAUUUUGCGAAAGAUAAGGUGAUCAACUUCUUUAACUGGAUGUUUCACAUCACUGCUUUCAAGAGUCCGAAUCCACCCAAGAAUCAUGAUAGAAGCAUCAAAGUAAACAAAAAAACUAGCCAAAAAUGGCGUAAAGACUUGAUGCUGAUUGGAACUUUCACAGUGUCCGUUACGUACCAAGCUGGGCUCCUUCCUCCAGGUGCCCUUUGGCCUGAUGACCGCGAUAGCCAUUUCACAGGUGAUCCAGUCAUCCAUGAUACCCAUCCGAUACGGUAUAAGGUAUUCUUCUACUGCAAUGCCGCGGCGUUUAUGGCAUCGAUGGUUAUAGUCAUCAUGCUGCUGAACAGCACAAUAAGUAAGUACAAGAGAUCUCUACUUGCAAUGAAAACAGCAAUGGUGAUGGACUUGCUUGGUCUGCUCGGUGCGUAUGCUGCAGGCAGUUGUAGGAACUUGAAGACGUCGGCGUAUGUUUUCGCACUCGUCAUUGCUGUCUUCAUCUAUAUUGUCAUUCACAUUUUUCUGUCGUUCGAUAAAAUGGCACGAUUGGUAAGGACUAUGGGAGAACAAUGGAUGCCAUGCCUGACGAAGAUAUGGGUACUCAUUGAAAUUGAACCUUCAAACCAUGACCCAUCUACUGAACAGCCUUGA